ACAACAGAGGGGCAACAGCCACCCCGUCUCCUUUAAUAGGGGCGACUGAACACUCCAAUACAAAGGGACAUUAGAGGAAAAAGCGACAGUCUCUUGAUUUGGGGAUGCGCGUCAGGGACCACCGUAGCCAAUCUGCUUGAGCACGUAGACGCUCGUAAUUCACGAGCCCCCUUGCUGUCUCGCGCAGUGCUGUCUUUCCCCACAUAGCAGUGUUCUUGCUGACUCAGUGCCUUACAGCAGUGCUCCCUAUUCUCUCCACGCACCGACCAGAAACUGCGACGCACGCUCCCUCCAGUAGCCUAGCCCACUUCUUUCACCACCAACGCCGCACAAACUGACAGACAUGGCUAAAACAGCAAUUGCGUACAAAGAGAAGAUGAAGGAGAUGUCUGUCCUGUCUCUCCUCUGCUCCUGCCUGUAUCCAGAGACACGCAAGAACCUGGUGGGAGAGUUCCAAGCAGGCAUGGAGGUGAAGCCCAUCAACAAGCGUGCCUCUGGCCAGGCUUUCGAGGUGAUCCUGAAGCCCCCCUCUCCGGUGUCGGAUGCGGCCCACUGCGUCACCUCGCCUCCCAAGAAGGAUGUCUCUCUGGAGGACAUCCAGAAGAAGUUGGAGGCCGCUGAGGACCGGAGGAGAUCCCAGGAGGCCCAGGUUCUCAGGGCCCUGGCAGAAAAGCGGGAGCACGAGAGGGACGUGGUGAUGAAGGCCAUGGAGGAGAACAGCAACUUCAGCAAGAUGGCAGAGGAGAAGCUGACCAUGAAGAUGGAGCAGAUCAAGGAGAACCGCCAGGCCUACCUGGCCUCCAUCAUGGAGCGCCUGCAGGAGAAGGAGAGGCAUGCCCAGGUGGUGCGCAGGAACAAAGAGCUGAGGGAAGAGCUAACAGCAUGAGCAGGCGAGGGGCGCCACAAACCAUCGUACCCCCCUACAGCCAACCUCCUGUACCCUGUACUCCUCCCUGCCCCCUCCCAAGGGACCCCCCUGACAACCCUACUUCUACAGCACCCCCAGCAUCAGAAGACCCUCCCCCCAGAGUGAGGAGGAGGACCCACCGGCACCGCACACCAACAGCAUUUAGCAAAUGGGGGGAUUGCAAAGAAAUUUACCAAAAUGUCGCCCACUCCUCCCUAUAAAAUAAAGUUUUUGCUCGAUUUCAAAUGCUGAAAAAAGAAAAGAUGAAAAACCAACCAAGUUAAAGUGGUUAUUGUUUUUUGUAAAUACUUAUUUUUUUGUUAUAUACAGUAGGAUAGAACAGCAGAAGUAUUGCAGUGUGCCAUUUUAGCAUUUUCUCUAUCUAUGGAUGUACUUUAAUUCAUUUUUUUUCUCAAACAACAGUCGUUUGCAGUUUCUCUCGUACUAUAAGGCUUCUGUGUUGUUGUGAGUUCGCCAGCUAGCCGACGUGCGUUUGUGCUGGUUAUUUUCUGACCAUGUAUGUUUCUGUGUCAGUCAGUCAAUCAGUCAGUCAGUCAAUCAGUCAGUCAGUCAGUGUGGGGAUGAUGAUAAUGCAGGCUGCUCAUUGACUCCCGGGAGAGAGACUAGCUAGACUUCAGGAGAAUACUAUAGCUUUUAUGAGCCGAUUCUCUCCUGUCUGUCUGUCUGAUCUCCCACUCUCUUACAUUCAGUAGUACAUUCACACACACGCAAGCGCACACACACACACAUACACAGACUGAGGAAUUUGGCAAACAUGACAUGUCGUUUAAGAGGAGCUUGCUAAAUUCUGUCAGUUGGGCAUUGCAGAAGUCACAUGACAUCCGGGGUUCAUACCGUGAUGUCACAGAGGGGUGUUAUGGUCUUUUCUCGUUCCCAAGACCCACUGCGUCAUCUGUCAAUCACUCUCUCAGCAUGUACUGUAUGUACCAUCUUAGACGUGUAGAUAAUGUAAUCGUGCCUAGAAUGCUACAAGCUCAUAUAGCAGUUAACGCAUAAGCAACGGUAGAUCACUAAGUACCAUCCAUGUCCUUAAAUAGGCUAAUGGGCCCUCGCAUUUCUUUCAUGUUGUGCCACAGAGGAACCAAGCCAAAUGCUACUACGGAGGUUUCACUCUCUCUGGAGAAUCAUAGUUUGACUCUCUCACUAUUGAGAAUGAGUCAUUGUGCCGUCGUCUCAGUAUUUAAACAGCUCUUAACUGGGUACGGCAAACUAUGGCACAGGAGAACGAGUAGGUAACGUAAGACAUAAGAAAACAACCAACACACAGACAUAAAAUAACAGCUAGAAGAUCUUGACAUGACAAUGGAAGACAAAGGGUGCAUGCAAGUAUAUACAGGGCAUAUAUGUGUGUGUGCGUGAGAGAGUGUAUGUUUCAGUAGGGGUGGGUGGAUGUGCAUGAGAGAGUGUGUAUGUUUCAGUAGGGGUGGGUGGAUGUGCAUGAGAGAGUGUGUAUGUUUCAGUAGGGGUGGGUGGAUGUGCGUGAGAGAGUGUGUAUGUUUCAGUAGGGGUGGGUGGAUGUGCGUGAGAGAGUGUGUAUGUUUCAGUAGGGGUGGGUGGAUGUGCGUGAGAGAGUGUGUAUGUUUCAGUAGGGGUGGGUGGAUGUGCAUGAGAGAGUGUGUAUGUUUCAGUAGGGGUGGGUGGAUGUGCAUGAGAGAGUGUGUAUGUUUCAGUAGGGGUGGGUGGAUGUGCAUGAGAGAGUGUGUAUGUUUCAGUAGGGGUGGGUGGAUGUGCAUGAGAGAGUGUGUAUGUUUCAGUAGGGGUGGGUGGAUGUGCGUGAGAGAGUGUGUAUGUUUCAGUAGGGGUGGGUGGAUGUGCAUGAGAGAGUGUGUAUGUUUCAGUAGGGGUGGGUGGAUGUGCAUGAGAGAGUGUGUAUGUUUCAGUAGGGGUGGGUGGAUGUGCGUGAGAGAGUGUGUAUGUUUCAGUAGGGGUGGGUGGAUGUGCGUGAGAGAGUGUGUAUGUUUCAGUAGGGGUGGGUGGAUGUGCGUGAGAGAGUGUGUAUGUUUCAGUAGGGGUGGGUGGAUGUGCGUGAGAGAGUGUGUAUGUUUCAGUAGGGGUGGGUGGAUGUGCAUGAGAGAGUGUGUAUGUUUCAGUAGGGGUGGGUGGAUGUGCAUGAGAGAGUGUGUAUGUUUCAGUAGGGGUGGGUGGAUGUGCAUGAGAGAGUGUAUGUUUCAGUAGGGGUGGGUGGAUGUGCAUGAGAGAGUGUAUGUUUCAGUAGGGGUGGGUGGAUGUGCAUGAGAGAGUGUAUGUUUCAGUAGGGGUGGGUGGAUGUGCGUGCGCGUGUGCUAUUUCUCUGGUUUAGAGCUUAAUUAUACCAGCCAGGAUGUUGGAGCUGUAAAUCCAACCGUCCGUCACAUACUAAUGACAUCACAGCGUCCUGUCUGCGACAUCACAGGGUCCUUCCUGUCUGUGACAUCACACCGUCCUGUCUGCGACAUCACAGGGUCCUGUCUGCGACAUCACAGGGUCCUGUCUGAGACGUCACAGCGUCCUGUCUGCGACAUCACAGGGUCCUGUCUGUGACAUCACAGCGUCCUGUCUGCGACAUCACAGGGUCCUGUCUGUGACAUCACACCGUCCUGUCUGCGACAUCACAGGAUCCUGUCUGUGACGUCACAGCGUCCUGUCUGUGACAUCACAGCGUCCUGUCUGUGGUGAUGAAUCUGGCUGUCUCUCUCUCUUCCUGUUUGUGUGUUUUCCCCCUCCACAUAUAUCUUUGUGAGCAAGCUGUGGUAAUUAAAGGUUUGGGGUUCUGUGAAUGA